CUUUUUUGGCUGCGCUAGUGAGCAGGUAGGUCGUGCUUGCGGCCCUGCGACAUGGGCAGUAUCCGCCGCCAUCCUCCUCCCUGAGGCGCGCUGAGACGCGGGCCGGCCCUCCUGAGAGGAUACCGGUGCGGGCGCCCGCGGAGAGGGACCCGUCGCCAUGGGCCGUGUGAUCCGUGGACAGAGGAAGGGGGCCGGGUCUGUGUUCCGCGCGCACGUGAAGCACCGUAAGGGCGCUGCGCGCCUGCGCGCCGUGGAUUUCGCUGAGCGGCACGGCUACAUCAAGGGCAUCGUCAAGGACAUCAUCCACGACCCGGGCCGCGGCGCGCCCCUCGCCAAGGUGGUCUUCCGGGAUCCGUACCGGUUUAAGAAGCGGACGGAGCUCUUCAUUGCCGCCGAGGGCAUUCACACGGGCCAGUUUGUGUAUUGCGGCAAGAAGGCCCAGCUCAACAUUGGCAAUGUGCUCCCUGUGGGCACCAUGCCUGAGGGUACGAUCGUGUGCUGCCUGGAGGAGAAGCCUGGAGACCGUGGCAAGCUGGCCCGGGCAUCAGGGAACUAUGCCACCGUUAUCUCCCACAACCCUGAGACCAAGAAGACCCGUGUGAAGCUGCCCUCCGGCUCCAAGAAGGUUAUCUCCUCAGCCAACAGAGCUGUGGUUGGUGUGGUGGCUGGAGGUGGCCGAAUUGACAAACCCAUCUUGAAGGCUGGCCGGGCCUACCACAAAUAUAAGGCAAAGAGGAACUGCUGGCCACGAGUACGGGGUGUGGCCAUGAAUCCUGUGGAGCAUCCUUUUGGAGGUGGCAACCACCAGCACAUCGGCAAGCCCUCUACCAUCCGCAGAGAUGCCCCUGCUGGCCGCAAAGUGGGUCUCAUUGCUGCCCGUCGGACUGGACGUCUCCGGGGAACCAAGACUGUGCAGGAGAAAGAGAACUAGUGCCGAGGGUCUCAAUAAAGUUUGCCUUUAUGCCACC